ACAAGAAAUAAUGAUAUAGGUAGGAUUGGAACAAAACAAAAGAAAAGACAGAAAGUGGACGUCAGAAUACAACCCUGUUGUCUUCAGUUUUGGAUGGUACUGCAACUAUGUAUGCACAACAAGAAAAUCAAGAACCGCCACUAAAGAGGAAAAGAAGUCUACCAGGCAACCCAGACCCGGAUGCAGAAGUGAUAGCUAUGUCCCCCAAAUCUCUGCUAGCGACCAACAGAUUUAUCUGUGAGAUCUGUAACAAAGGAUUCAAAAGAGAUCAGAAUCUUCAGCUACACAGAAGAGGCCAUAAUUUGCCAUGGAAGUUGAAGCAAAGAACAAAUAAAGAAGUGAAAAAGAAAGUUUAUGUUUGUCCUGAAACGACAUGUGUGCACCAUGAUCCAUCGAGAGCUCUCGGUGACCUUACGGGGAUCAAGAAGCAUUUCUGCAGAAAACAUGGCGAGAAGAAGUGGAAAUGUGAGAAAUGCUCGAAGCGUUAUGCUGUUCAAUCUGAUUGGAAAGCUCAUUCUAAAAUUUGUGGCACAAGAGAAUAUCGAUGUGAUUGUGGAACCCUUUUCUCUAGAAGGGACAGUUUUAUUACUCACAGAGCAUUUUGUGAUGCAUUAGCAGAAGAGAAUGUAAUUUCUUCUCAAUUACUACAACAACAGCAGAUAGAUUUACAGUCUGUUAAAAGAGAGCAAGAUCAAAGCCACCAGUUUUUCAAUCCAAGACAAUUAUUGGCAUCAAAUUUAGGUCAUAAUCAUCACCCAUUUCUUGAAAAUGGUCAAAACCCUAGCCCUAACCCUAAUAUUAAUAACAAUUUUCCAGCACUUCCUCCAUUUCAGCCCGUUACUGCUUCUCCUCACAUAUCAGCAACUGCAUUACUGCAAAAAGCAGCUCAAAUGGGCGUGUCUAUGAGUAAGCCAUCUUCUUCUUCUUCCUCAUCUGCUACAGCUACUUCCAUGGUCAGACCCCACCAAGCUCACAUGUCUGAAAUAACGACAGCAACUGGGUUCAGUUCUACCUCGGUAGUAUCUACUACAGCUGGUAAUAAUAAUUCCAGUGUUGGGUGCUUUUCUUCACGUGAACACAUAAAAAAUGUCUCUUCUGGUAUUAUAAACCAGCAUGAUCAUCAGACUAUUACAAAUUCAUCUAUUGUCAAUGAAAUGAUGAGUUUUGAUCGAUCAAUGUCUGAUUUUGAUCGUGAAGCUUUCAAUGGAAUGUUGAAUCCAAAACGAGAUGGGUAUAUAAAUAUUCAUAAUAAUUUUCAAGAGAAUCUCUCAAAAUCUGCAGAGUCACAGUUUAGUAGAACUGAUAGUGUUCAUGGAAAUGAUGGUUUGACAAGAGAUUUCUUGGGUUUGAAAACAUUUUCUCAUAAAGAUUUUCUUGAUAUAGCUGGCUUUGCUCAUUUAAAUUCGAAUUCUUCAAGUUCUUAUGGGCAGCACAGCCAAAAUCAAUCAGAUUGGCAAGGUUAGAUUUUCUUGUUCUUGAAGAAUAUUUACAGGCAAAGCUUUAUGUAGAAAUAUUCUUAUAUUUUGUAAGGACAGUAAUUAAAUACAGUGCUUUCUACAGUUCCUUC